CUCCCCCGAAUCCUGGACAAUUUUGCGGUCUGGUUUUCUGCCGCUCCGAGACGGGGCUCAUUUCACGGACAACCCGGAGAAGCCGGGGAGGGUACCGAGCCGCGGGGAACACGCGCGCGGCUGCCCACGUACCCUGACUUGUGGCGCGCCGGCUCGCCUCUCGGCACCCGCUGGGCCCCUCGCCCGUCGCUUCGCCCAAACCCUUCCAAACAAGGUUCCCUCCUGCCACCUGCCGGCCCGCUAGGGUCUGCGCCACCGCGCAGCUCCCAGGGAGGCGGCCCCCACCUCGCUACUGCACAUGCCCGGCGCAAGUCCGGCGCGCAACUUCUUUAGGACCUCAGCGCCCAGCCGCGUCUCGCCUCAGUCUGCUCUUCCCUCUCCCGGCGAGAGGACUGGCGGAGGCGCCUCUCUCUAGCCUCAGACUGCAGAGUCUGAGACAGCGAGAGGAGCCCGGGCAGACGGCCCUUCGCUCCCCUUUCUCACUCCUGCUUUCUGCUCCCACAGGCAAGCGGAGGCGCGGAGCUCUCGAAAGUUCCCAAGCGCUCAGGACGCCCUCGCGCCUCGGCGCCGCUUUCUGCAGAGCCAGAGAGCGGGUCGGCUUCCCGGUGUGCGCCUAAGAGAAUGGAUCGGAGGUCCCGGGCUCAGCAGUGGCGCCGAGCUCGCCAUAACUACAACGACCUGUGCCCGCCCAUAGGCCGCCGGGCGGCCACGGCACUCCUCUGGCUGUCCUGCUCCAUCGCGCUCCUCCGCGCCCUCGCCACCUCCAGCGCCCGCGCCCAGCAGCGCGCGGCCGCCCAGCGCCGCAGCUUCCUGAACGCCCAUCACCGCACCGCUGCCCAGGUAUUCCCUGAGUCCCCCGAGUCCGAAUCCGACCACGAGCACGAGGAGGCACACGUCGACCUGUCCCUCCCCGAGUGCCUGGAGUUCGAGGGAGAAGAGUUCGACUACGAGAGCGAGAGCGAGACCGAGUCCGAGUCGGAAAUCGAGUCCGAGACCGACUUCGAGACCGAGCCCGAGACCGCCCCCGCCACCGAGCCCGAGACCGAGCCGGAAGACGAGCGCGGCCCCGCGGUGCCCAAGGGCUCCGCCUUCAACCAGUCUCUCACCCAGCGCCUGCAGGCUCUGAAGCUGCGGAGCCCCAGCGCUCAGCAGCCCCCCAACCCCAGGGAGGGGGAGGAGCCCGGGCGCGCGGCCGAGAGUCGGAGCGACCCCGCAGAACCACAGGAGCCCAAAGAGAAGAAGCAGCAGCGCCGCUGCCGACCCAAGAAGCCCACCCGCCGCGACCAGUCCCCGGAGUCCCCUUCCAGAAAGGGGUCCAUCCCCAUCCGGCGUCACUAAUGGAGGACGCCGUCCAGAUUCUCCUUCUUUUCAUGGAUUCAGGUGCUGGAGAGUCUGGUAAAAGCACCAUCGUGAAGCAGAUGAGGAUCCUGCAUGUUAAUGGGUUUAAUGGAGAAAUGUAUUAUCCCUAGAUGGUGGCUACAGUCUCUCAUCCUCCCGGCCAUGUCCUAUCACAUUUGCAUGCUGCAAUUGCUCGUCCUUAGGAACUUCUAAUAAGAAUACUAUUCUGUUGCCUGCAGGGAGGGGGAGGGGGAGGGGGGAAGGGAGGGGGCCCCACCACCUGUCCUUUCAAGAUUCCUGAAACCACCACCACCACCAAAAAGUGGAGUGCAAUUCCUGAUUGGCCAAAGUGUAGUGUGCGACAGCCCAGACUGGCAUCUCUCAGUGACUGACAAUCUGCUGUACCAAAAGUUGGCAUUUGAGAAGCGUGAUAAGUCCUUCUUGAGCAACUCCUGUGUUCUAGACCCGCUAACCCCCGAGCCUACUAAUAGCCUGCCUGCACGCCCCUCUGCGACUCUUCUCAAGCGAACACCAGUAUUAACAUUCGUGAUAAAUAAAACUCUCUGCAUGUCUCAGCAA